CCGCGAUAGUACAGCGCCGUGAUCAAGAUAGCGGGUUGCCAUGACGUGUACGUUCAGCGCUAUCUCGGCGACGGCGGGCGAACGAUACGGGUCGCGGUCCAUCGACGUCGACGCGCAGACCACACGGCGGCGGUUGCCGAUCGUACGUGUGACGUCGCGGUCUCAGUGAUUAUCAGUCUUCACGUGCCGCCACGCCGAGGACGGCAACCCGCCGACCGCUGCCGCCGCUCUAUCAAAACGAUUUGUUUUCGUUCAAUUUCUCCACUUUCUCUCCUGUAGCGCUAGUUCGGUUUUUAAUUUUUUUUUUUAUUAUCUUUUAUCUCAUUAGCUCGCCGAUGCAAUUCGUCAAUUCGUCUGUUAUUCCAACGCGACCAUCUCAUUAAGCCCGUCGUGCGAUUUCUGUCAUGUCAUCCGUCCGCUCUCCGUUGGCUAUCGAUCGUUGACUGGCCGGCACCCCAUCACCCUUUACUAUACCGUUUGUUUUCCCGCACUCGGUAACCACUAUGUCACCGUGUCGCUGAACCCUCCGGCCGGCGGUUCCAAGCGAACGGACACGCACGCGUACGUACGAACGCAGUCACUCUUACUCCACAUAUCGACGACGGUCGCAUCGUUACCGCUCGCACCAUGUCUUAUCAGCUGUACCGCAACACCACCCUGGGUAACACCCUCCAGGAGAGCAUCGACGAAAUGAUUCAGUAUGGUCAGAUAACACCGGCCCUGGGCAUGAAAAUCCUACUGCAGUUUGACAAGGCUGUGAACAACUCUUUGGCCAAUCGUGUAAAGUCCAAAAUCACGUUUAAGGCAGGGAAAAUGGAUACUUAUAGAUUUUGUGAUAAUGUCUGGACCUUUAUGUUAAGUGAUGUUGAAUUUAAAGAAACACAGGAAAUGGCCAAAGUUGAGAAGCUUAAAAUUGUUGCAUGUGAUGGAAAAAGUGUCACUGAAGAGAAUUCAAAGAAAAAUUAAAGUUUUGACUGUAUCUGAGUUACUAUUAUUAUUAAUUUAUAUGCUCAUAGUAUAUAAUUGAUGUACUUAUCAAACAUUGUACUUAUUUUUGUAUAUUGUUCACAAUAUCAAAAUGAAUUUAAGUAGCCAAAAGGCUACAAAACCUUUUGUAUACAUACUUGUAAAUGGCAUUUAGUAUUUAAAAAACAUUUUGAGGUUAUUAGAUUAAAUUUACCAAUUUUUACUAGCUU